AUGCGGAGUACCGAUCGGGUUUCCGAUGAAAGCAGUAAAUUGUGUGUUUCGAGAGACAAACAGCAACUCUUAACAGAGUCCCCAUGUGUUUGUUGUGACUGCUGUCAGACCGAGUGUGCGAACAGCAUCGACACGCACGUGGUGGUGGCCGGGGAGCGGAUGCGAACCAAACCUCUGAUUCCUGAGAUGUGUUUCACCACCACCACAGAGGACGACGCCGAGUGUGAAGAGCAGCCGCUCACUCCUCGUCUGGAAGAAGAUGGAACCAGUCUCCUCAUCAGCUGCUCACAGUGCAGCGUGAGAGUUCAUGCAUCCUGUUACGGUGUCGAUCCAGCCAGUGUGAACAAGGAGUGGAAGUGUGCACGCUGCAAGGCCAACGCCAUGACUGAGAAUUGCUGCCUGUGUUCAUUGAGGGGCGGAGCUUUGCAGAAAGCCAACAAUAACAAGUGGGUCCACGUGCUGUGUGCGGUUGCUGUGCUGGAGGCACGCUUUGUCAACAUCACAGAAAGAAGUCCUGUGGACUUGAGUGGGAUCCCACUGCAGAGAUUCAAACUGAAAUGUUACUACUGUAAGAAGCGGAUGAAGAAGGCGUCUGGCUGUUGCGUGCAGUGCUCUCACGGGCGCUGCCCCACCGCCUAUCACCCCACCUGUGCACAGGCCGCCGGGGUGCUGAUGCAGCCAGACGAAUGGCCGUUUGUGGUUCACGUUACCUGCUGCCGACACAAAGGUCCCGCUCAGAUUGAGGUAAAAACAAACGUUAUUUUAUAUCCCAAACUUCCCCAAACAUCAGAUUGA